AUGAUAUGGCGAUGCAGUGGUGGUGCUGAAUUGUUCUCUCUGAUGGCUCUAUGGGAGUGGAUAGCACUGAGUCUUCAUUGCUGGGUUUUAGCGGUUGCUGCCGUUUCGGAUCAGCAUGCCACAAGCUCCUUCGACUGGCUCCUCUCUGAUAAGGGACCCUUCCAUCGCUCACAGGAAUACACAGAUUUUGUGGACAGAAGUCGACAGGGAUUUAGCACAAGAUACAAGAUUUACAGAGAGUUUGGCCGCUGGAAAGUAAACAAUCUAGCUGUUGAAAGAAGAAAUUUCCUUGGCUCCCCACUGCCUCUCGCACCUGAAUUCUUUCGCAACAUAAGACUACUAGGACGUCGCCCAACCCUUCAGCAAAUCACAGAGAACCUUAUCAAGAAAUAUGGGACACAUUUCCUACUGUCUGCUACCUUGGGAGGAGAGGAGUCACUCACAAUUUUUGUGGACAAGCGGAAGCUGAGUAAGCGAUCAGAAGGAAGUGAUCCCAGCACCAACAGUUCUUCUGUGACUCUGGAGACUCUGCACCAGCUGGCAGCCUCUUAUUUCAUUGACAGGGACAGUACUCUCCGUAGACUUCACCAUAUUCAAAUUGCCUCCACUGCCAUCAAGGUAACAGAAACCCGGACUGGUCCUCUUGGCUGCAGUAACUAUGAUAACCUAGAUUCUGUCAGUUCUGUUCUGGUUCAGAGUCCUGAAAAUAAGAUUCAGUUACAAGGUCUUCAGCUCAUCCUGCCUGAAUAUCUGCAGGAGCGUUUUGUGCAGGCAGCUUUGAGUUAUAUUGCCUGCAAUUCAGAGGGGGAGUUUAUCUGCAAAGAUAAUGAUUGCUGGUGUCAGUGUGGCCCCAAAUUCCCAGAGUGCAACUGUCCGUACAUGGACAUUCAAGCCAUGGAAGAAACCCUGCUUCGCAUAAGUGAAACCUGGAAUGCUUACAACAGCGAAUUUGAAGAGUCAGAUGAAUUCAAGUUCUUUAUGAAAAGGCUGCCCAUGAACUAUUUCCUCAACACGUCUACCAUAAUGCAUUUGUGGACAAUGGAUUCUAAUUUUCAGCGUCGCUAUGAGCAACUGGAAAACAGCAUGAAACAACUUUUCCUUAAGGCACAGAAAAUUGUACACAAGCUCUUUAGCCUAAGUAAGAGGUGCCAUAAACAGCCACUCAUCAGCUUGCCAAGACAGAGAUCGUCAAUCUAUUGGCUAAACCGCAUCCAGUCCUUUCUGUACUGCAAUGAAAAUGGUCUUCUGGGAAGCUUUUCUGAAGAGACUCAUUCGUGCACCUGCCCUAAUGAUCAGGUCGCCUGCAAUGGGUUCCUUCCCUGCAUUGUGGGAGAUGGCUCUGCAUGUUUGACCUGUGCACCUGACAACCGCACCCGCUGUGGGAACUGUAAUACUGGAUACAUGCUGAGCCAAGGGCUUUGCAAGCCUGAAGUGGCAGACUCCACAGAGCACUACAUUGGGUUUGAGACAGAUCUUCAGGACCUGGAGAUGAAGUAUUUAUUGCAAAAAACAGACCGGAGGAUUGAAGUCCAUGCCAUUUUCAUCAGCAAUGACAUGCGCCUCAAUAGCUGGUUCGAUCCCUCGUGGCGCAAACGGAUGCUCCUUACCCUUAAGAGUAACAAGUACAAGUCUAGCUUGGUCCAUAUGAUACUGGGUAUCUCUCUUCAAAUUUGCCUAACAAAAAACAGUACCUUGGAACCUGUUCUAGCUGUUUACGUCAACCCUUUUGGAGGCAGCCACUCUGAAAGCUGGUUCAUGCCUGUGAAUGAAAACAGUUUCCCAGACUGGGAGCGGACUAAGCUGGACUUACCUCUUCAGUGUUAUAACUGGACGCUGACUCUAGGCAACAAGUGGAAGACAUUUUUUGAAACAGUACAUAUCUACUUGAGGAGUCGAAUUAAGUCAAAUGGUCCAAAUGGCAAUGAAAGCAUCUACUAUGAACCCCUGGAAUUUAUCGAUCCUUCACGUAACCUAGGCUACAUGAAAAUCAACAACAUCCAAGUGUUUGGCUACAGCAUGCACUUUGACCCAGAAGCAAUUCGGGACUUAAUUUUGCAGCUGGACUACCCCUAUACUCAGGGAUCACAGGACUCAGCACUUUUGCAGCUAUUAGAGAUACGGGACCGUGUAAAUAAACUCUCCCCGCCUGGCCAGCGUCGUCUAGACCUGUUCUCUUGCUUGCUACGUCAUAGACUCAAACUAUCUACCAGUGAGGUGGUGAGGAUUCAAUCCGCUUUGCAGGCCUUUAAUGCCAAAUUACCAAACACAGUGGAUUAUGACACAACCAAAUUAUGUAGUUAA